AUGUCGACCCCAUCAUACGCUCGCGCCACAGCCUCGUCUGCCUCCAGAGCUAGCCCAAGAUCAUCGAGCACUAUCCAUACCACAGCAGAACCGACGAUAUCUUCGCCAUACAGUGCAAAGAUCUCCGCCACACCUGAAAAGCGCGCUCAAGCCCCUCUGACUCCGAAGAAAGCCCUCAAACGACCAUCUCUUCUUACACCUCGGGCAAGAGACCAGCUCAUCUACAAUCGCGAUCUCUACCCUAUCAAACUCAAAGAUGUCUCCAAGCCAUGCCUCUUAGCAGACCUUCCAUCCGAACUACGCAGCCUGAUAUACAUGUUUGUCUUACCAAUGACACAUCACAUCUCUGAUUCUUGGCCCGCAAUCCUCAAACACGGACAACAACGGCCACCUCCCCUACUCCACAUCUGCCGUGCGAUCAGGAUAGAAGCGGCAUACGACUACUACACCAGCACAGCCUUCAAGUUUACAGUUCGGAACCUCAACUUCUAUCCUGUUAUGAAAUGGCUCGAUGAACUACCAAAACAGCAUCGCGCUCUGCUGUUAUCGCGGAACCGACAUUUAGAAAUUAACGUCUUACCGAGCGUAAAGAACACCUUCACAUAUCCACCUAAAGGCUGGUUGAUUGAUGGAUACAUGCAAGAUCACUGGAAAGCAUGCCAGCCCUUUGGAAAUAUCUACACAGUACCAUCUGACCUACAUAAAUCCCAUUUUCUUGUGUUCUGCCGGCUAGCUUCGUGGUUUCUUUGGUGUUCGAGAUCGCCACAAAAAGAUAUCAGGUGGGCUUACACAUUUGAGCAGUCGCCAUUCCAUAAUCCUUUUGGGUUGCCGGGUCUACAAGAGCAGGCGGUGUUAAAAUGGUUUCUCAAUCAUCAUGCUAUGGUCCUAACGAUGGGAUGUGUGGAAAAGGCAUGGAAGAGAAAUAAAUCUGGGGCGGCGAUGAUGCGAGGGGAUGUCAUGAAAUGGCUGGAGGCGUUGGACCGAUGGUACAAGACACGCUGGAACGAAGAGGUAAGUGAAGGAGGCUGGGACGAGCAGAUGGAGUCAGUGAAGAAGACUAUUCAAAGGUGGUAA